CUCAAAACAUAAUUACAAUGAGAUUCAUAACAACUGUUUUGUUAAUCCAAACGCUGAUCACUAUAUUAACUAUAGUGGAAAGCCGUCGGGAAUGUAUACCACGAGCCGGAAAGGACACCCCUUAUUGUGUUUGCAAUGCAACGGUUUGUGACGAUUUAGAGGCCGUAACCAAAGCUCCGAAGGGAACGGUAUUACUGUUUGAGACCAACAAAGCCGGGGAACGACUCAAACAAUCGACGCUUAAAAUACAGUCCAAACAAAAUGUUGAUAGCGAGACAAACGACGAAACAAUUGUAUUGACUAUCGAUAAGACCGUAAAAUACCAGAAAAUUAUAGGUUUUGGGGGCGCCUUCACAGACGCCGCCGGAGUCAGCCUUAAUAGUCUGCCCAAACAAAUGGCCACAAAUAUAAUCCGGGACUAUUACUCCAAAAAUGGCAUCGAGUAUAAUAUGGGUCGUGUGCCCAUAGGUGGCGCCGAUUUUUCCCCACGUUUUUACACGUAUGAUGAUGAUCACCAGGGUGACUUCAAGCUUAGCACGUUUAAAAUACAACCGGAAGAUUACGAUUUAAAAAUGCCGUAUAUAAAAUUAGCUCAAAAUAUAACUGCUAAUAAAUUGACCCUGUUCGGCAGUCCCUGGUCAUCACCGACUUGGAUGAAACAUGAGGGACCCUAUGGCCCGUUGAAUGGCGGCUCUCUAAUUGGUCAGCCGGGACAACAAUAUUUUAAAGCCUGGGCUAAUUAUUUUGUUAAAUUUCUGGACGCAUACAAAUCAAAUGGAAUCCAAUUCUGGGGGCUGACCGUCCAGAAUGAACCGAGUGGUGUGGGUCCCGGGAAAUGCGGCUGGAAUUGCUUGGGGUUCAAUGAGACGAUGGAACGAGAUUUUGUCAAAAUGGACCUUGGUCCAGCACUCGAAGCGGCCGGUUAUGGACCUGAUAAAUUAAGCUUAAUGAUAUUUGAUAAUGGGCCUGCUAAUUUACCAGGCGGAUCUGGACAUAUGUUUAAUUGGAUUGAGACGAUCCUUAAAGACUCAGAAACGGCUAAAUAUAUACAUGGAAUUGCUUUCCAUUGCUAUGGAAACGGGGAGGUUUGGGAUGAUUUGGAGCUUCUUCACAAACGAUACCCCGAUCAGUUUGGGAUGUCGACUGAAUGCUGCCAAGAGUUCAGUAAAAGAGAAACCCGUACCGUGAUGGAGCUAGGUGUUUGGGACCACGCUCAGUCCUACGCUAGAGAUAUAAUGAAUAAUUUGCAACAUUGGUCCCGAGGUUGGGUUGAGUGGAAUCUGGUGCUCGACAUGUAUGGUGAGCCCAAUUGGGCCAAUAUGUCUGCAUUGGCACCGAUUCACGUCAACCACACGGCCAACGAGUACUACAAGGACUCGACUUUUUAUAUUUUGGGCCACUUUUCCAAAUUCUUGGUCAAAGAUUCGGUGAGAGUUGACUCGAAAGCGGACAAAUCGGUCGGCGAUUUUAGUUACGUGGCGUUUGUCAGACCCGAUGAUAACGCGACGGUUUUAGUCGUCUAUAAUCUUAGAGACAAACCGCAAGAGUUUAAAAUUGUUGAUAAAAAUGUCGGUCAUAUAAACACCCAAAUGGAGGCGCGUUCGGUACAGACGUAUAUCUACUGGGAUUAAAUGUUUUGCAAGUUAAAUGCCUAAGCUUGGCCAAUUGGUCAAAUCUUAAUUUCAUACCAAUUCUAUAAUUUUAAUAUAUCAUACAAAUAAAAAUAUUUGGACAUAAUUUAACAAAAUUUGAUAUGUUUUGUA